GUUGUGUCACAUUCGCUCAAAUUUCAGGCUCUUAACGACAUGUAUCCGAAGUAUAUAUUGGAGCAGUUUCUCGAGGCUGAACUCAUGGUUAACAUAACGGAACAUGAGCUUGUCCCAGAACACGUCGUUAUGUCAAACGAAGAGAAAACAGAACUGCUAACCAGAUACAAACUCAAGGAGAGCCAACUUCCUCGAAUAUUUUCCUACGAUCCGAUAGUGAGAUAUUUUGGUCUGAAACGCGGACAGGUAGUGAAAAUCAUACGACCAUCAGAAGUGGCUGGCAGGUACAUCACCUAUCGGCUAGUUGUUUAA